AAGCUUCUCGCUGCAGUCAUCCCUGACUUGGAGAAACUGGAACGGUUGAUUUCUGUCUUAUCAAUCGCCUUGUUCUUCCCGACUGAACCGGAACAUGGCUUCUGUAAAUAGUGUUACAGCCCAGGGAUUUCUUCCAGUCGCGAAACCCGCCAGAGAAUCGAAAGCUAGGUGCAAUUUUACUGUAAAGGGUCUAUCUGGUUCGUCUUUGCAGAACUCCUGUAAAGCUCACAAGUCGGGAAAUUCGGGUUUCUUGAGAAGAAAGAGAACAGAUUGGGUUGUUCUGUCUGUAGCUGAAGAGCUUGACGUGAUUCCAGUUCGGAGUAGUGAUUCGACGGACCAACAAGACGGAGUGGUUGCUCGAAUUGAAAGAGAGAGGGAAGGUGAGAGUUUGAAUCAGGUUGGUGGGUUCGCCAAUGAGGGCCGGUUAUCGUUCGAGGGAGCUGGGGAUUUUCAGGGGUUCUCUUCUUCUUCUUCUUCUUCGUCUGUACCUUCGGAUAGGAAGGGGGAAGAGGAAGAUAUUGAUAAGUUAAUCGACCGAGCAAUUAACGCUACUAUUGUCCUUGCUGCCGGUACCUUCGCUAUCACUAAAUUGCUUACCAUCGACCAUGAUUACUGGCAUGGAUGGACCCUUUAUGAGAUACUAAGGUAUGCGCCUCAACACAACUGGAGUGCUUAUGAGGAAGCUUUGAAAACAAACCCUGUUUUAGCCAAAAUGAUGAUCAGUGGGGUUGUCUAUUCUCUAGGAGAUUGGAUUGCACAAUGCUACGAAGGAAAACCUCUUUUUGAGUUUGACAGGGCACGGAUGUUCAGAUCAGGCCUUGUUGGGUUCUCUCUUCAUGGCUCACUUUCUCAUUAUUAUUACCAGUUCUGUGAGGCACUCUUUCCUUUCCAGGACUGGUGGGUGGUCCCUGCCAAAGUCAUAUUUGACCAAACUGCAUGGGCAGCAAUCUGGAACAGCAUCUACUAUGUAAUAUUGGGAUUCUUGCGAUUUGAAUCUCCAUCCAAUAUCUUUAGUGAACUGAAGGCGACGUUUUGGCCCAUGCUAACUGCAGGAUGGAAGCUCUGGCCAUUUGCUCACCUGAUUACUUAUGGUGUGAUUCCAGUUGAACAAAGGCUACUUUGGGUGGAUUGUGUGGAGCUUGUUUGGGUGACUAUAUUAUCAACUUAUUCAAAUGAGAAGUCAGAAGCAAGGAACUCUGAGGCUCCAUCGGUAUCAAACACUAGUUCUUCAUCACUGAGUCCUCCUGAGGAAUAAAUAGCACGGGGGAACAUAUCUGUUGCAUGGAAUAUCUUAAUUCUAUGCUUUUGGUAAGUGGUAGGGAGAUGCAGCUGGAGAGACUACUUAUUGAUCAUCCACCAUGCAUCCGCACUCGUUAUGUAUGUGUCAUGUAAAAUAUUAUCCAUCUUUACCUAAUGGCUAAUGUAUGAAUUGUCAUUUUGACCAACUUCAGAGAUCAAAUGUAAUCACAUAGGUUACCAAUGGAAUAUAGUGGAGAAAAUUUUCUUCCAGAAUCA